AUCAUCUUUGAACACACAAACAACCACAGCUCAAAGCAAUUUUAUCAAAAUACAAGAUGAUCCACAAAUUGUCAGUACCCUUGAUUCUCUUCGCAACGAUGCUCAUCGGAGUUACCUGCUCGCCGGCAAUCGCGGCAUCGGCGGGCCAAGGCGUGGCCGAGCCGCACUUUGAAUUGUACAUGCAUGACAUUCUUGGGGGAAGCAGCCCCACAGCUAGGCCCAUAACCGGCCUGUUGGGCAGCAUUUACAGUGGCCAAGUGCCCUUUGCAAAGCCAGUGGGCUUCCUUCCUCCACAAGGAGGUGUGGCCAUUCCCAAUGCAAAUGGUGCCAUCCCUACAGUCAAUGGGCUCAACGGAAUCCCUCUGGGGACAGGCCUAGCAGGGACCCAAUUUGCCGGCCCAAACCCUAAUGGCGUCCAGGCCCAGUUGGGGCCCGACGGGCUGGGCCUCGGGUUCGGCACGAUCACCGUCAUCGACGACAUCCUGACCUUGAGCCCCGAGUUGGGGUCGCAGCCCAUCGGCAAGGCCCAAGGCGUGUACGUCGCGAGCUCGGUCGACGGGACCACGCAAAUGAUGGCCUUCACGGCGGUGAUCGAGGGCGGCGAGUAUGGGGACAGCCUCAACUUUUACGGAGUGUAUAGGAUCGGGGCCGCCCUCUCGAAACUGUCCGUGACGGGGGGGACCGGGAAGUACCAGAAUGCGUGCGGCUACGCGGAAGUGAGGUCGCUCAUCCCGUCGGGCCAAAACGUCAUCGAUGGCGCAGAGAUGCUGUUGAGGAUGACUAUCUAUUUAAGGUACUGACAGACGAUAUCAAAGCAGGCGGUCCAAGAUUUCUUUGGAACAAGGAACUUGAUUUUGAAAUUCCUCUUUUCUGGCAAUGUAAAACAGUGACUGAAAUUGUUUGCGUCGGUUUUUCUUUUCCCCCCUUUAAUCCCAGCAAGUGUAAAAUUCUGGUUUGAUUGAUUGGUCUUCAGCUGAACCAUUGAAUUCUGUUCAUUUGAUGUUCAUCUGUUCAGUCGCCCCCUGUCUAUACAUCAAAUUCAUGCACCUGACCACAU